GAAAAUAAAAGGUAUAAUAUUGGUUCUUUGAUAAUUAAUUAGGGAUAAGUAUCCUAGUAUUAGGGACUUUCACCCCUCACUGCUUUGUUCUAUUCCUGCCUCUGCUGAAGUGUCUCGUGUGUAUGGGGUGAUGUGUGUGUAAUGAUUAGAUCUAGUGGGAGGUCCCACAAACAUUCUGUCUCUGUCCACAUGUUGAAAGGCACUCAGAGCAGAAAAAUAGCCAUUCAGCAAAAAAGACCUCAAAGCGUUCCCUGGGAGACUGUAGCCCUGCCAGCGCCAACUUUAGUAAUUACCAGAUAUACGCAAAGUCAACUUUCUAACAGCCUUGCAGAAAGAGUAAAUUAAACCAGUGCCUCAGCCCUUCACGGUUGCUUCAUCAGCGCUUUGGUGCCAGAAUGAACUAUGAGUCAGAGAAUAGAUUCUGUCCAAACAUUUACAAAGGCCUCUGGGAAACAUUACCAAUUAAAUGACAGGUGACAGUAAAAUAAACAAUAUCCUCUAAUUACUACAAAUUUACAUGGAUUAGUUAAUCUCAGGUUCACUCAGUCAGGUCCAGUUUGCUCUGGGGUUGGCAGCACAUUGGCUGAAGUUCAUAUUCUACAAUUUGAACGGAUAAAAAAAAAAAUGUGUAAUGAAAAUGGGAGCACACAAAAAGAUACAGUAACUAGGAUGGGACUAAUGGCUAAUAGUUAAUGACUAAUGUUAGUGUCUUCUCAUGUGAUACCUGUCAGAGACGUUCUUCAAAUCAUUCACCGACUCUCAUUCACAAGACUUGAGACACCUGGGAUUACAGUUAUAUAUCUAAUAUACAGUUGUAUUCUGUCCAUCAAACUGUGGACAAUAAUUUUAUAAUAUUCCAGGCAUAGUUUAGACUACAUUAUCACUAACUAAUCCACUAUGGUUCUCCAGGACCACUCUGUGGGGACUUUCCAAACAGGAGACUAUGUUGUUUUCGCCUGCCUGUUUGUGGUUUCUUCAGGUAUUGGAGUCUUCUUUGCUGUAAAAGAAAGGAAAAAGGCUUCAUCCAGGGAGUUCUUGGUCGGGGGCCGCCAGAUGACCUGCGGCCCAGUGGCGCUCUCCCUGACGGCCAGUUUCAUGUCAGCAGUGACUGUUAUUGGAGCUCCGUCAGAUGUGUACCGCUUUGGGGCCUCGUAUGUUAUCUUUGGAAUCGCCUACACGUUUGUGGUCAUCUUAACAGCAGAGCUCUUCCUUCCUGUGUUCUAUCGCUCAGGCAUUACCAGCACUUAUGAGUAUCUUGAGCUACGUUUCUGCAAACCAGUCCGCAUAGCUGCUACUCUCAUUUAUAUGGUGCAGACGAUUCUGUACACAGGAGUGGUGGUUUAUGCUCCGGCUUUAGCUCUCAAUCAGGUGACAAAGUUUAAUCUGUGGGGCUCCAUCAUCGCCACUGGUGUUGUCUGUACCUUCUACUGCACUCUGGGAGGACUGAAGGCUGUAGUGUGGUCCGACGCCUUCCAGAUGGUGGUGAUGGUGGUUGGUUUUCUCACAGUGCUGGUACAAGGCUCUAACAGUAGUGGAGGCAUUGCUGCUGUAUGGAAGACAGCACAGGAUGGAGAAAGAUUGGACAUAUUUAAUUUUGAUAUCAGUCCUCUGAGGCGUCACACAUUCUGGACAGUCACUAUAGGAGGCAUGUUCACAUGGCUGGGUGUGUAUGGUGUGAACCAGUCCACCAUUCAAAGGUGUAUUUCUUGCAAGACAGAGAACCAUGCUCGCUGGGCUCUGUAUCUGAAUCUGCUGGGUCUCUGGCUGAUUCUGUUCUGCGCUGUGGUUUCAGGACUCAUCAUGUAUGCUUUCUAUGCUGGCUGUGACCCCUGGACAGCUGGCUACGUGACUGCUCCUGACCAGCUUAUGCCAUACUUUGUACUGGAUAUACUGGGCCGUUAUCCAGGUCUGCCUGGGCUGUUUGUAGCCUGUGCGUUCAGCGGGACCCUCAGCACAGUGGCUGCCAGUAUCAACGCUCUGGCCACAGUGACGUACGAGGAUUUUGUGAGGCAGUGCUGCGGAGACAUUUCCAACCGAGCCGCUACCUGGAUCAGCAAAGCACUGUGUGUGGUGUUUGGAGUAGCGUGCACCAGCAUGGCAGUGACAGCCUCAUACAUGGGAGCGAUUGUGCAGGCUGCUCUCAGUAUUCACGGCAUGUGUGGAGGGCCCAUGCUCGGUGUGUUCUCUCUAGGAAUCCUUUUCCCUUUCACAAACUCUAAGGGGGCUAUAGGUGGUCUGCUUCUGGGCAUUACUCUCGCAUUCUGGGCUGCGGUGGGAGCCUUCAUUUACCCUGCCUCCCCCAACUACACAAACCCCCUCUCUCUGAGCACUGAGAACUGUACUCUACUGAACAGCACCGCUGCUGCUGCUGCUGCUGCUGCAGUCACACAGACUCCUCUACUGAUCAGCACAACUGCCAGCUCAGACAGGUCUGUUCUGGCUGAGUCCUGGUACUCCAUGUCCUACCUAUACUACAGCACUGUGGGCUUUCUAGCCACAGUCAUAGGAGGCUUGCUAAUCACAGUGCUCACAGUCCCCUCUAAGCCGCAGGAUGUGAAGCCGGGGUUGAUUCGGCCAGUGUGUGACCUCUUCUGCUUCUGCUCAGAGAAAUACAGGCGCUUGUGCUGGUGUGGGGUCAAUCAUGCUGAGGAGAAAAUGGAUCUGGCUGAUCUGGACUUUGGAACCGCAUGGGAGAUUCACCCAGAUCAGGACAAAAUAAUUAAGACUGGGAGAAAUGGGAAAAAGCAAAGUUAUGACUUGCAGGAUGAGGCAUACAACAAUAUUGCUUUUGUUCCAGACACAACCGGACAAGUUAUGUCUGGUAACUAAAAGAAAAUUUGGUCAUGUUUAACAGCAGGAAAAAAAGCCCUGAAUGAGAUUUUUAAUUUGUAAUUUUUAAAAAUGUAUUUCUUCCUAUAGAGUGAACCUCCCCUGAUCGUAUGAGGGGAGCAGCACUGUUGGCCCACUAAUUUCUUUGCCUGUUUUUUUUCUCUCUAGUUUCUCUCCAUGUUUGUUUAUCUCACAUUGCUUUGGUGCUCUGGUUAUUAUCUGGACUCUCUAUUGUUAAUUGACUUUGCAAUAUUAAACCAAAGUACUGGUUCA